GCCGAACUGCCGAACUGCAGUCAGCUGAAGUGGCCUGCAGUGCUGCAUUUAACCACUGCGCCACCUCGGCAAUGAUGCGAUGCGCUGCGAGAUGAGCCUGGCUCCCUCCCUCCCCCCCCCCCCCCGCUCCCCGUAACUCCGCGGCUGCUGCACCCGCAAGCAAGGUGAGGCCCCGCGGGAGUCGCACCUCAACCGGUCCGAGCAGGGCUGCGUGGGAGGAGCGCAAGUGGAGGAGGAGGAGGAGGAGGAGACCCGGAAUUCCGGGAUUGGCGAUCCUCGCAAGUCGGGGCCACGUAAUCCGCAGCGCUAGAAGAUGGCGGAGACUUUGGGCGUCUCUGAGAAGGUGACCCUCUUCCGCCAGGAGGGGGCCGUCACUUACCGCAUCCCCGCUCUGCUCUACCUGCCCUCAGAGUCCACCUUCCUAGCCUUUGCGGAGUUACGCACCUCGGUCGAGGACCAAUACGCCAAGGAGUUGGUGAUGCGACGUGGACAGAAAGAGGGCCUGUCCGUGAAGUGGGGUUCCUUGAAGACUCUGGACACCGCCGCGCUACCCAAAUAUCGCACCAUGAAUCCCUGUCCCGUGUACGACGCAAAGACAGGCACCGUUUUCUUGUUCUUCGUUUGCAUUUUCGACCACAUCACCAUCGCACACCAGAUCUGGAGGGGCAAAAAUGUGUCCAGGCUGGGCUACAUCUUCAGCAAAGAUGGUGGUCGUACUUGGAGCCCAAUGACGGACUUGACGGAAGAGGUGAUUGGAGAGGAUGUGAGCAACUGGGCCACGUUUGCCGUGGGACCGGGCCACGGGGUGCAGCUGAGCUCCGGGCGGCUGGUCGUCCCAGCCUACGCUUACUACAUCCACACCCGUCUGUUUCGACACCCACUCCGCUGCGGUAUCAAACCUCACUGCUUCGCCUUCUACAGCGACGACGGCGGGAAGUGGCAAAAGGGACACCUUCUCCAAAAGCCACUGAAGACCUCGGAGUGCCAAAUGGCUGAGUUGGUGGACCAGAAUAAUAGCCCGGUGUUAUACUGUAAUGCCCGCAGCAGUGACCGAUACCGAGUGGAGGUCUUCAGCAGAGACGGCGGGAAUCUCUUCGAAGCCCGCUUCCGAUUUCGGGCGCUGCAGGAACUUCCUCACGGUUGUCAAGGUAGCGUGGUGAGUUUCCCUUCACCACAACCGGGGUCUGAGUCUUCCUUGGCCUCUUCAAGGACCCCCGAAUCGUGGCUGAUCUUCUCCUAUCCCACCAACCGAAAGGAGCGUGCGGAUCUGGGAAUCUACUUGAACUCUAGUCCGCUGGAGGAAAAUUCCUGGAAGACGCCCUGGAUCUUGAACACAGGACCCAGUGGCUACUCGGAUCUGGCUGUUUGCACAGGGGAAGAUCCUCUCCUUUUUGGCUGCUUGUUCGAAUGUGGCGUGUCGAUGUACUGCGAAGAGAUCGCCUUCCAGUUGUUCAGUGGCGCAAAAGUCCUAAAAACUCAGAACGCAUGCUCUGCAGAAAAGAAGUAAUUCCCUACACGCCAC